AUGGAAACUUUCAAAGCGGUUAUUGAGCGGCGUUCUCCAUUUUCAAUAAAAUUACUCAACCGCAGGUACGUUGCAAUCCAUCUUGAGCGAAUCAAAAGCUUAUUAAAUAGGGAAGAUGCUAUUGCCAGCCGCCUGGACAUGGGAACUUACAGGCAGUACGUAAAUGAGCUGGAGCAUAACUGGGACAACAAUAUUUACAUCGGGUGCUGCAUGUUGCACAAGGAGAACCAUGCAGAAAAACCGAUAGCCUUGGCUAUCGCCUCUGCAAGCGCAUACAGGGCAAAUGUCAGGAGGCCAAUGGGGCUCAAUUGGCGAAGAACUGACGCCUACAGGCAGAAGGAACAACAAUGGUGUCUGGAUUAUUUGGUGAGGGCUAGCGAGUUUAGGGGUAGGGGGGUUGGUUGCUUUGGGCUGGUUGGUUUGUUGGAGUGUUUCUGCAGUCGUUUUGAUGAUUGGAUGUUGUGGCUGUUGCUGGCUUCUGCAACAGAAACACGCUUUCUUUGUACACAGGUGUUGGGUUUCUUGUCACGUCGCUCGACUCUGACAAGAAUCCCAUCAUGUCAUUACAAGUCCAGGACAUUGGACAGAGAGAGCGCAGAAAGAGCGGCGGCUGCAGAACAGGGUGGUGCAGAACAGGGUGGUGGAGAUGGUGGUGAUGGUGGCGGUGAUGGUGAUGGUGGUGGAGGAAGACCGCCGUACAACCUGCAAAGAGGAGGAAGGCAAUUUGGACGGAGAGGAGAUGGUCGUCAACGAUGUGGUCACAGAAAUGACUUGGUGCAGGAGGUAGAACCGCGCUUAUGUUUUAGAACAAUGGAACAACUUACAUUGUCUAAAAUGCAGCUGGUUCUACCUCCUCGCGCCGAAGGCCUUGAACAAGAUCUCGUCAGGCACCUCUGGUCCAUGUCGGAAAUGGCCGCCCUCAAUCCAGGUUCACAAGCCUUUCUUAUCCACCUGAACCUCGCCAAGCAGUGCCAUCAUCAUAUUGCUCACCAAAGGCGUCUCCACAUGUCCAGAUGGAUAACGGAGCAGACGGCAGAAAAUCGCGAAGACGAACAAUGGAACCGGCGUUUUGCUUCGCUGGCAAACAACGUCUUGCUGCUCUGGGGCGUGUUUACCAUGCCAUGUUUAGAAUUGCUGGACAUCGGCUAUGCUGCAGCGUCUCGUCCUGGCGGAUUGAAAGACAUUGUCCGUUUGUGCAGGAAAACAUGCAGCUCAGGCACAGAUGCGCAAGUAAGUUUUCACACACAUAUAAGAUCAAUCCAUAUCUUGCUUUUAAUACCUAAUAUGGCACUAUUUUUUAAGGUGCAGCUUGCGUCUGGAGACAUUGUUUCCUGAGCUGGCCAUCGGAAAUGGAGAUGGUUUACGCGAAGUGACGAUACUUCGCACAAGAGGUUGGCUGGACGACGGCGAUGUCGAAGUGGAUGAAGCGCUGUCUACUUUGCUCUGGCAAAACAUCGAACGUAAGACUGGCAGGUGUGAACAACUGCCCGGCACACGACAUAGAUACAGAAUUGUUGGUUAUGACACGCAGGAGGUAAAAAAGCACACUUAGUAUAGUACUUAAUCGCAGUGCUACAAACUUCGCAAGAACACCUUAGCGGUGCAUGGGGCCUGGAAAAGGAUGAAAGGCCUUUCCAAGGUAUGUACUGUAAAACACAGAGGAUGGAUGGUGUUUUUCUAAAAUCUUUUCCAGCCAGCCGAUAACUUCAUGAAAUAAAGCAUAAAACAAACUCAGCAACUUAAAGAUGAUGGAAGCGUUCUAUUCCGAGUAUGUUUUAUGCUUUAUUUCAUAGUUAUUACGAUUUUAUUUCAGCUCCUUACUUGUGCAGGAUGCAGCACCGCGAGCAGGUUCACAGAGAAGGGCGAAGAAGAGUUUUCUGGACGCCACAGUAGUAUCAAUAUAAGGUACGAUUGACUGUGAUAAUAAUGACUCAAUGCAUUAAUAAGAAAACAAGUAUUACUCAAUAUUACAUAAUGUCAACUAUCAUUAACUAAAAAGAUUUAUAAUCACUAUUUUGCAGAUUUCAGUUCAUCGCAUCCUCGUCCACCGCGGUUGUAUACAUGCAGUAA